AUGGAAGAACAGAAGGAAAAUCAGCUCGACUAUGAGUCAGAAAAAAUGGAAAUCUUGAGAUUGGCCCAAUCAAAGAAGAACAUUAUCAGUUUGAACAUGGACCUCGAAAGGGAUAUGCAGAGAAUAGAUGAAGCCAACCAGGAGCUUCUUCUCAAAAUACAAGAAAAAGAAAAUGAAAUCCAGAGGCUAGAAUGUGAGCUCACCCAGACUGGAGACCCUGCAGAAGAUGAGGAGUGGGAGAAGGAAAACUACACUGUGAUGGAAAGAGAGCGAGCACUGCAGGAGCUGGAGGAAGAAACAGCCAGACUGGAGAGGAAGAAUGAGACUCUGGUCCACAGUAUUUCAGAACUUCAGAAAAAGCUUACAAGAAAAUCACAAAAGGUAGUCAGGUGUGAACAAGGUGAUCUGGAAACCACCCCAGAAGAAUCCAAGGUUAAAUUACAGCAGCUGGAGUCUUCCUGUGCAGACCAAGAAAAGGAGCUUGGCAAGAUAAUGGAAGACUAUUUGUUUGUGUCUCAGCUCUGUGAAGAUCAAGCUCUCUGCAUAAAGAAGUACCAGGAAGCUUUGAAGAGGAUAGAGGAAGAACUGGAGACUGGAUACCUUGAAAGAGAAGUAUCAAAAGUCUUAAGCAUGGAUUCUGAGAGGGAAAAGAGUACAAACCUAAAUGAGGAUGGUUUCAUCAGUAAAGGGGCACUGAAGUUCAGUAAAAGGAUUUUUCGCUCCCUCCUGUUCUCCACGCUGUUUUUCAUCAGAUUGCUGGGGUACCUGAUCUUCCAUCUGAGUUUUAUAAAUCCUGACCUCCUGGUCAAUGCACUGCCCAAGAUACUGAGCAGGGACGUGUUAUGGAAGCUGCGAUGUUUCCUCUUUCCAUCUCUCACCCUUGAGACGGAAGACAUGUUACCCCACUGA